AUGAAGUCUGAAUCUGUGACAUGCGCCGGCAUCGCGACAUCUAUUGCUUUGGCUACAUGUCUAACAGGCGUGUUGGCUAAAGGGAACACUUCAUCUGUUCCAAUCAGCCUGACAGUCUCAAGGCACGGUGGUAAUAAGUCGAGUCCGAUUCUCUAUGGAGUUAUGUUCGAGGAAAUGGACCAUUCUGGCGAUGGUGGAAUUCACGGACAAUUGCUGCAGAACAAUGGAUUUCAAGGAACCACUCUUGGCUUGACUGCAUACGCUCCAGUGGGAGAUGUGAUAAUCUCCCAGGAUACCUCAAAGCCCGUCAGUAAGGCAAUUACGUCUUCGCUCAAUGUUGCCGUACCCCAUGGGGUAAAAGACUACGUUGGCUUUGCCAAUACUGGUUACAACGGAAUCCCAGUCACGGGUGCCACAUACAACUGUUCAUUCUGGAUGAUGGGUAACUAUUCGGGAACCAUCAAUCUGCAGCUUGUUGGGUCGCAUAGUGGUUCAGUACAUGCCGAUCACAACUUGACCGUCGAGAGUACAGAUUCAAAAUUCAGGGAAUUCAAAACCAGGUUCAACACUACCUAUGCACCGCAAGGGGAUAAUGAGUGGCAUUUGACAUUCGAUGGAUCGAAGGUUGCUGGUAGCUCGCUGAACUUUGGCUUAAUCCAGCUGUUUCCUCCUACCUUCAAGGGGAGAGAAAAUGGAUUGCGAGAUAACCUUGCAUCUUUUCUGGACGAGGUUCAUCCAGCGUUUCUCCGGUUCCCGGGCGGGAAUAACCUCGAAGGCUUGGAAGUUGAGACUCGCUGGAAGUGGAACACCACUAUUGGGCCCGUUGUCGACCGCCCAGGAAGAGACAGUGACUGGUUUUACCCCAAUACAGAUGCCCUCGGCCUGGAUGAGUACCUGUGGUGGUGUGAAGAUAUGAAUAUGGCACCACUUCUGGCUGUCUGGUCAGGAAAGUCCUAUGGAGACAUUCUCUCCGGUCCGGACCUUCACCCUUUCGUUCACGAUAUCAUGAAUGAGAUGGAAUACCUCUUUGGCAAUACCUCGACAUAUUAUGGCAAACUGCGAGCCCAGAACGGCCGCAAAGAUCCAUGGAAGGUUGACAUGAUUGAAAUUGGCAACGAAGAUGACCUCACUCUCGGCUGUGAUACCUAUCCAGAUCGUUUCAAUCAAAUCUAUAAGGCCAUCCACGACAAGUACCCGAACAUCACGCUUGUUGCUUCUCACGGGAACUAUUCGUGUCUGCCAUCCCCACUUCCUAAAGAUGUCAUCAUUGAUCUGCAUCUGUACCGAGCACCAGACGACUUUGUCAAAUUGUUCGAUCAGUUUGACAACCAGCCGCGGAACCAGUCAGUGAUGAUUGGUGAGUUUGGAUGUCGCAAUACUUCAGAAGAGACAGGGACAUACUGGCCAUACAUGCAGGGAAGCUGCAGCGAGGCCGUAUACAUGAUGGGAAUGGAGCGCAACAGUGAUGUUGUCAAGAUGGUGGCUUAUGCACCCUUGCUGCAACACUUUGAUUUCGUCUCUUGGUCGCCCACACUAUACGGUUUCAAUUCUGCUCCCGACUCUGUCACGCCUUCGGUUUCAUACUUUGUUCAAAAGAUGUUCGCAUCCAACAAGGGUGAUACCAUUGUUCCAGUUGAAUCAUCAACAGGAUUUGGACCUGUUUACUGGGUGGCUUCGAAGACAGGUUCACACUACUACUUGAAACUGGCUAACUAUGGCCCCGAACACCAGAGCAUCAAAGUGCAUAUACCAGAAACCAAAACUGGUAAACUGGAGAUUCUUGCAGGUCCCCAGUACCAAGGCGACACACCUUCCAACGUGCAAAUCCAAACUGUCACCACCAGUGUUUUCAACGCGCAAGGGAAGUACUCAAUAAACAUGGCUCCUUGGGCUGUUGCUGUUUUGGCAGUUUCAUGA